AUGGAAGAGAACAGAGCAGAGACUAAACUAAAUGCGAUUCGUCGUCUGGACAAUGGUGAGUCAAUAAGAACAGUCGCUAAAGACUUGGGUGUUGAAGGUCAUGGCGCAAAACUUUUCGGAAUUGAAAAGGCAAGCCGCCAAGAGACAGCUGCUCCUGAAAACCAGCCAAGAGCAUGUCCUCCUGAAAAUGAAGAGCUUGUGAAUCUUUGUAACCACCUUCCAGUGGCUGAGCCCAUCAGUGCAGAGGACAUCAGUGAAUGGAUCAAUGGAGAUGAGGAUCAGGCCCUAACUGAUGACGUGAUUAUCCAGAUGCUCAACCAACCAGAAGAUGAUGACAACGAUGAACCUGAUGGGGCGACUGAGAAAAUAUCACAUACAGAAGGUCUAAGAACGAUCGAGGGAGCACUGGCAUACAUUGAACAACAAGAAACCGCAACAACAAACGAUUUAGUUUGGCUGCGACGCUGGCGCAACAGGGCGGCUAGCCUAAGAUCCUCUAAUCUAAGUCAAAAAACAAUAACUGAUUUCUUUGGGAAAAAAGAUUAGCUUACUUUGUUUAUUUUUGUACAAUGUACAGUAAAUUAAUUUUCAUUUCUUUGAUUUAAUUUUGUAAACAGGAAUACUGUACUGUA